UUUGUGCUCAACGAGAGGAAGGCAGAAUCGCAUCGGAAUUUGCGGCGUCGAGAUCUUUGUUACAAUUUCGGCAACUUUUCUCAAAGACAAUUCUCAGCCGUUCUAACCCUGAACCUAAAGAAACAUGGCUACUGAAGAAGCGGGAGAACAAGCUGUACUGCAGAUUGCAGCUAGAGAACGAGGACCCGGACCUGGGCGAUAUGCUCUCCCUACAACGACUGGUUAUCAGAAACACGACUUUACAAAGCGCUGUUAUCCUGCAUACUCGUUUGGAACGCGCUUGGAUAAUUCAAUGUUUAGUUCCGACUGCAGCCCAGGGCCAGGAUAUAAGAUUGACCCUAGAAUAACGAGGGCGGGUGUUGAUGGCACUCCUUCUUAUUCGAUGCUGGGAAGACAGCGAGACCAGCUCACAUUCAAGACGCCAGCACCAGGGGCAUAUUCACCAGAGAAGGUCCACCCUCAAGGAGAAAGGCAUGCCCCUGUAUACUCCAUGGGUAAAAGGACAAGAUACAGGAAACGUGACGCUACUCCAUCACCUAACUCGUACACCCUGCCAGCACUUCUUGGCCCCCGAGUUCCAAGCAAAAAUUCAUCUGCUUCCUACUCAAUGACUGCACGAGCAAAAACUGGUGGAUUUUCUGAGGAUCUUGCCAAGACACCAGGGCCUGGGCGUUACCGUACUGUAGACCCAUCUGUUACCAAACGAAAGGAUCCUUGUUACUCAAUGCUCACAAGAAACUUCAUGCCUGGAGAUUCUACUCAGAAGCCCGGACCAGGAGCACACAGCCCUGAGAAAGUCUACAUCAACAAACCAAGCCCACCUAAAUUCUCACUUGGAAUUCGUCACAGUGAAUUUAUCACACCUCUCAUCAUUGAUGUCCAGGACGAUUAAUAAAUGUUCAAAUCCAUCCGCCUUUCAUUUUUACUUUACUUUUCUUUUUGUUUUUGUUUAUUUUUUUCAUUUCUUUAAUUUCAAGAGAGUAAAGUCAAAGAUGUCAUGCAUGAAGUGAGUUUUGAUUUUUUUCUUAAGAAUUUUUUUUUUGUACUUUGAAAAUCUUUUUUGUUGUACCCAUUUUUUUUCUGUUAACAAUGGCACAGUCAGAAUCAUUGCUUCUUAUAAUGGUGCUGCAAAAGAGUAAUUUCAUAUUUAGAAUAGAAUUUGGAGAAAGCUCCUAUUAAGUGCAAUAUCUUUUAAAGCAACAAGCAUUUCUUUCUCAUCAGUGUAAUCACGUUUCAACAACAAACUGAUACUAUAAUGAACAUACUGUCUGAAUAUUCAUAUUAUUUAUCUAACCAAGAGUGUUAUAAUGAUCUUUUCAUGGAAUGUUGAUGCCCAAAGAGGGAGCUAUUAAAAGUGGAGCUAUAGAAAAUGAUACUCUGUAAAUUUGUACAUUAUUCUUAAAUAAAUACAUUGCAAUAUUA